CGUGUGUAUGCGAACUCGCUUUGGAUUUUUGCUGUCAUUCGUGCUUGUUAUUCAAUCGAAAUCGGUUUCCUCGGGGGAAAUUGUUCGAAAUUAGUAAAUCUCCGGUGAGUCUUGUGCAAAAUGCGUUUCACUGCUGUGCUUUUCAGGCAACACAUUGGAUUUCACUUCAAGAAACAUUGGAUUACUCAGGGCAAACGUGUUCCGGCCGAAACCGGUGCUCAGACGGAGUUAGCCGCUAGAGGCAUUCCGGUUGUUGAUCCAAACGAGCUGAUCAAAACAAAAAGGGAGUUUGUUCCGUUUGAGAUAGUGGGACAGCUUCCACCAAAGGUGAAACGAGACGUGAACCAUCCAUUGUACAAAAGUGAGCCUUGUUACUUGUUCAGUGAUGGGAAUGUUCUGCUGGAAGGCGUCAAACAAGCACAAGCUCUGCUCAAUACUGUCGUCUAUGAUGAAUUGCCACUGAAGGUGGAAGAGCGGCUCGAGAGCACCAAAAUUCCAACGCAACUAGAGCGAUCGAUGCAGCAAUCGGUCCUAGCUGCACUCGUGUUUGAUGCCGAACAGGUGAAAACUGCAAUCGUAAAAGUUCCAGACCGGCCGGCCUUCAAACUUCCUCGGAACUAUGGCAUUUCCAAUGAAAGGAAAAAUCGCCUACUGCUUUCCAAAUUACUUAUCCACUGCGAGCGUUUUGCCGGGAAAACUGUGACAUCAACGAGAAAAAUCAUUGAAAACGUAAAUUUCAUAGUUCCCGUCACCAAACAUCUCGAUCGAAUCCAAUUCAGUUUGAAGGCUGACACUUUCAUGACGUCCACGGGACCGAUUACUCCACUGGACAGUGCCGUCUACCGCCCACAAGAUCAGAACUUACCGGAUUUGUUUCCGGUUAAAGAAACCGUUACAAUUCCCACCACAAACUUUUACGAGUGGCAUAACGAUUACCCUAUCGCCCGGGACUACAAGUUUUCUCAUCCGCAUACAAUUUUCUUGCACUGUGCACCAGAAGAUGUCAGCAAUCUAUUUGGGACACCGGUCACAGAUGAUCAACGGGAAGGCCGAGCUUUACUGAAGGCAUUUGCGGUGGCCGCUGCCAGAGCUCGACAACUAUAUGGGGACAACGUGAAAGUUUUGCCACGUCCGAUUACCGUUCAGGCCAUCCAGACGGACAGUAAGUGGUUCCAAUUCGGCAUAUUCCAACUGAACACACUGGACCUUACCGGCACCGAUAUGUCCGAGAACCGCAAUCUGUGGUUCCGCAAGCCGAAGAUGGAUCUCUACUCGGAUUGUGGAUAUCUGGUUGGGAAACCAAGUCUGCGUGAUUACAACAAAAAUGUGCUGAAGCAUUUUGCUGUGUUCUAUGGUAGUAGUUAGUGCAUAGGCCAGUAGAAGCAUCAAUGGUGUGUUGCGAUCGGUAAAAUAUAUAUAAAACCCGGCGAAAUCGUUGAAAAUAAGUGAAAGUUGUGAAACAAUCAUGUUACUUGAAUCAUAUCCGAUGAUUCCAAGAGGAAAUUACGAAAUAUGAGAACGGGCUAGGAGUCAUUGCUAAGUUGGAAAACUUUUUUCUUUUACGUUUUAAGUAUCCUUGCUGUACACAUUGAAGCUCAAAUUUCCAAAUUCCUGGGAUAAUAAUCCCUGUUGAACUAAGAAUGAAAUAAAGAAUUCCUUGAAAAGAAUACUUCAAUAGCCAAUAAACCCAUUAAUUGGGUUGAAGAGGCUUUCGUUUAAA